AUGAACCUCACCAUUGAAACCUUGACUAGAAAUAAUUUUAAGAAGUGGAAGAAUGACCUAGAAAUUUAUCUAGGUGUGUGGGAUUUAGACUUAGCUCUCAAAGAACCCAGACCAGUUAUUGUGACCACCAGUACUAGAGUUGAAAAAGACAAAGCAGAAAAAUGGGACAAAGAUAAUAGAUUGAACCUAAAAAUUAUGCAAAAAGCUAUGACAGAAACAACAAGGGGAGAGAUUCCAGUGUGUAAAACAGCUACAAAGUAUCUUGAGGCUAUAGAGGAGAAAUAUAAAGAGAGUGAUAAAGCCGAAACAGUAAACCAUUUGAAUUCUCUAAUGACCUUGAAAUUUGAUGGAGUUAGUAGUGUUAGGGAGCACUGCUUGAAGAUGAUAGAUGUAGCCAACAAACUGAAAGCAUUGGAGUCCCCUAUAGCUGAUCCUAUGCUAGUACACAUGAUCCUGAUGUCUCUGCCUCCUCAGUAUAGUCAGCUUAUCACAACUUACAACACUCAAAGGGAAAAAUGGAGUAUAAAUGAGUUGAUUUCGAUUUGUGUGCAAGAAGAGAGUAGGAUCAAGAAAGAAAAGGGAAAAGGUGUGGCUACUGUAAACCUAGUGAAUAAAGAGGAAACCAAAACUGUUCGCCAAAAGAAGUCUUCUAAUUCAUCAAAGAAAUUUCCAUAA